CCAAUCGCCACCAUUGCCCAACGAGCCUUGAUUAAUCAUUUGAGAUCGAUCGAGGAGCUAGCUAGCUCCAUGACUAUGGCAGCAGCACAAGGCAAGCUGAGUCCGGAGGCCAUCGACAACGAAGUCAUCAGCAACGGCAGCGCCAAGGACUACCUCGACCCUCCUCCGGCGCCGCUGGUCGACGCAGGCGAGCUGGGCAAGUGGUCUUUGUACCGUGCCGUCAUCGCCGAGUUCACAGCUACACUGCUCUUCGUUUACGUCGCCGUCGCCACCGUGGUCGGCCACAAGCGCCAGACGGACGCCCAGGCGUGCAGCGGCGCCGGCGUGCUGGGCAUCGCGUGGGCCUUCGGCGGCAUGAUCGCCGUCCUCGUCUACUGCACUGCCGGCAUCUCCGGCGGCCACAUCAACCCUGCGGUGACAUUCGGGCUGCUGCUCGCGCGCAAGGUCACCCUUCCCCGCGCCUUCCUCUACAUUGUGGCGCAGUGUGUGGGCGCCAUCUGCGGCGCGGCGCUGGUGAGGGCCGUGCACGGCGGCCACCACUACGCGCUCUACGGGGGCGGCGCCAACGAGCUCGCUCCAGGAUACUCCAGGACGGCGGGGCUUAUCGCCGAGAUUGCCGGCACCUUCGUGCUCGUGUACACCGUGUUCUCGGCGACUGACCCGAAGCGCAUCGCCCGGGACCCGCACGUCCCGGUGCUGGCGCCGCUGCUCAUCGGGUUCGCCGUUCUCAUGGCGCACCUCGCCACCAUCCCAGUCACCGGCACCGGGAUCAACCCGGCGAGGAGCUUUGGUGCCGCCGUGGUGUACAACAACAAGAAAGCUUGGGACGACCAGUGGAUCUUCUGGGUCGGCCCCUUCCUCGGUGCCGCCGUGGCCAUGGUGUACCACCAGUACAUCCUCAGGAACAGCUCCAUCUUCCGGUCCAACUAGCUACAUCAUCCAUCCAUCCAUUGAUGCGGUCCAUAUUUACAUACGUUGUACCGUGUGGCUGUUAAAAUCCAUGGUCACUUAGUUUGCUGUUGUGUUGCGUGCAAUUACUGAACGUACGUCUGCACGUUAAUGUUGGAUUCAAAAACCCAAAUAAAUAAACUUACAACUUAAAGGUA